GUAGCAGGAAAUCGUCUACAUUGUGUUUUCUUUCUUCAAGUGAAAUUCCUCUGCAAGGCGAAGAAAGUCAUCAUAAUUUAUGCGUCGAGUUUGCAACUUUGUCGACAGUCUCCAGGGAAUGAAGACGUUAACGUUUGGGCUGACUUUUGUUCGACAUGGGGAAACACAGUUCAAUCAAGAAGGGCGGCUACAAGGUCAAGCCAUAGACUCUGCGCUGUCUGACGUCGGGCUGCAGCAGGCCGAGGCUGCAGGCCGUUACCUGAAAGAUGUCAAGUUCACCAACGUGUUUGUCAGUGACAUGCUACGAGCUCGACAGACUGCUGAAAUCAUCAUGAAACACAACAGCAGUUGUUCGUGUGUACAACCGGUGUGUGAGCCGUUACUUAAGGAGAAAAGCUUUGGCACAGCAGAGGGGCAGCUUUUGCAGGAAUUGAGAGAGAUGGCCAGGACUGCUGGUCAGUCCUUUCUUGACUUCACUCCUCCUCAAGGAGAGACUCAAGAGCAGGUGAAGCAGCGCGUCCAAGAGUUUUGGCGCAAAAUGCUCCAUCAAAUCGGGUGUGAGCAUUGGCCCAACAGAAGCGACGAUGACGUUUCUGUAUCGACUCCAGUAGCGGCACCUCAUGGAGAGAGGGAGACCGACGACGUCCCCGUCCACGCCCUGGUGGUCGGCCACGGGGCCUACAUGUGUGUGACCAUGCGCUAUCUUGUGGAUGAUUUACAUUGCUCCAUACCUCAGGGUUGCACAAGAGCACACGUCUUCUCUUUGUGUCCAAACGCAGGCGUGAGUCGCUUUGUGCUCACCUUGAACCAGGAGAAAGAGGCCUUCAAAGUGUCUGCCAUACGCUGCUUGUUUGUCAACAAGGGAGAUCAUGUUAAAACAUAGCUGCUGCAUAAUCUGAAUUAUUAAUAGUGGGGCUGGCUAUCAUACUUUCCUAAAUUGAUUCGAUUUGGACUUCAGGGACAUCAAACUGAACUGAAUUCUUCCAACUUUGUGGGAAUAGUUUGGGGAAUGCUCUUUUCUAUUCCAGCAUGACUGUAACCCAACAUAUACGGGAUGAGUUUGGAGGGGAAGAGCUAAACAGGACAUCAAACACCUUUGGGAUGAACUAGAACAAGUCCAAGUCUCGAGUCCUGAGAGCAGUGACCUCACAAAUACAGGUGGUCCUCGUAGUAAAUUGAUUAAAAACGUAACAGCCACAUUGAGGAAGAACGUCUCUUACAGUAUCAACAAAGUUUUUGCAUUUGCAUUUUUUUAUUAUGUUUCCCAAACAGCAGUGUACGCCAAGAAAAUAACACUGGCUGCUCUUUUGGUCCCAACUGUUGACUCUCGCGACCAUUAAGGGUAAAGAUUAUUGAAUGCUGGACGGGUCAUGGGUUCCGUGCGCUGUUACAAGGAGAUCUGGGAGGAGACCAGGGGCUUAUCCUUCCAGACUAGCCUGAGACAAUAUUUUAAGAAGGUAGAAAGGCCUGCAGGACAACCACAGGGAUACAAGUAAUGAGUUGGUCUCUUUUUGUUACUGUAUCAUUUCAUUCUUGUAUUCAAUCUUUUUAUUACAGUAUUUUAUAUGUCCUUCAUGUGUUCUGUGUACAACUUGGGAGUUAAUUUAAGUAUAAUUUACAUAUAAAUUUAGAUAUAAAUUCCUAAAACUCAACUUACAUCACAGUUUAGAAACGGAACUCGUUGGUAACCUGAGGACCAUGUGUAUUGUUCCAGUUGAAUACUGACACACUGCAAAGGCUUACAGAAGGUCACUCGCUUCAUGUGUCCCAAUACCUUUGUCCACAUAGUUCAAUGUCAAACAUGAAAACAAUGCCCAUGAGUUUUUAAAGCACUUGAACUAAAAAUACAGACACGUGCAUCCUUGAAAAGUGACUUUUUAUUUUUCCACAUGAAAAACAGCACAUGAAGUAUAUAAAUAAUAAAACGCGUGGCCAUUAUUCAAUAAAUAAAUACUCGUCAUUUGUGUGACGAUUGGUGUCCAGCACCUGGCAUGAAUGGCUGCGAACACACUGGUUAAUUUUGAUCAAUGACAUCACCCUUAAAUAUUCUAACCCCAACAUUUUCCAUAUGCAAAACAGACAUUGCCACAUGAUGUCCGGGGUUUAAAGUUUAACUCACUCAGGAGGUUAAAGGACAGCCGCUCACCAGACCAAACUUGUCCAGUCAAAUGUUGCCAAACGGCUCUGCCACUCUCACAUGCAAGAGGCUCUCAU